CCGGCGUUAACGGUCCUGUGGCUGUUGGUGCGCCGUGGCUUGGAAAAACUGGCUUGCCUGUAGAAGACAAAGGGUGGUGGUGGAAGGGACUUAUUCGGGCUGGAGGCCUGUGAAUAGUGGUGUUCCGCAGGGAUCUGUGCUGGGACCUCUGCUGUUUGUGGUGUACAUAAAUGACUUGGGAUGUUGGCUUCAAGAGCCCUGAGCCUUGUUACCAAGCGUGCACUUUCCACUACUAUGUGCAUGCAAGCUCAUGGACGUGGUGUCGCAAAGUUUGAUUAUUCUCUUCCACAAUAUGUUGAUCGUAGAGAUGAGCCCCUUCCAGCCAUUGAUUUUGUGGGACACCUGUCAGGAGAGCAGAAGUCCUUGAAGGAGAAGGAGAAAAGUUCCUGGGUUUCUCUUUCUGGUGAAGAGAAGCUGAAAUUGUAUCGCAUUCGUUUUCAACAGAGCUAUGCUGAGAUGGACAAAUCAUCAAGUGAAUGGAAGACUGUUGUUGGUGCAGUGUUUUUUUGCCUUGGUUUUACUGGGCUGAUUUACCUCUGGCAAAGAACUUUUGUAUAUGGACCUGUUCCUCACACCUUUGAUGACGAAUGGAAGGCUAAGCAGACGAAGAGAAUGCUGGACAUGAGGAUGAACCCAGUUCUUGGCAUUUCUUCAAAAUGGGACUAUGAGAAAAAAGAGUGGAAGUAAUAAAUGUACCAGGGAAUUAAAUCUACACUGGAAUUCUUAAUAUUUAGUUACUUGUUCAUGUAUGAGCUUUAUUCAAAUAUGAACUUUAAUGUGUUCAAGAAGUUAACUUGGAAUCUGGACUUAAUCUGUAAAUCUGCUAAUAAACUCCUCGUUUACGUGA